AUGUUCGUUAAUUACCAUUGUUUGUCAAUGAAUUGUAUAAUCGCACCUCUAAAUGGAUGCGGAGGAAUAUACUUAGGAAAUCUAAAUGCAGCUAAAGAUGCCUAAUUACUCUCUUAAUAUAAUAUUGGAGCAGUCUUAUAAGUUCUUGAUUAAUCAAUCCCAGUUACUAAUGCAUAAAAAUUGGUAUUUAUUUAAUGUUUAUCUUGAGUGGAUCAUGGCUGAAGAUUCUGAAGAUUUUCCACUUCAUAAAUACUUUGAACAAGGAAUCAAAUUUAUUGAAAAUUAAACAAAAAAAACCAAUGUACUUGUGCAUUGUUAUGCUGGUAUCUCUAGAUCUGCUGCUAUCUUAGCUGCCUAUCUCAUGUAAAAAUAUAAUUGGACCAUCAAUCAAGCUUUAAUACAUCUUCAAUCAAAAAGAAAAAUUGUUAGUCCUAAUCCAGGAUUUAUGUUAUAACUACAGGAUUUUUAAACUAAGUUAAAUCAUUAAAAAAAAGAAUCCAAUUUAUCAGAACCAAACAUAAAAAUUGAAUCUAAAAAUUAACAAUGUGACAUUCAAAAUCCUUAAAGAAUGAGUACUCCUUUACUGAAAACCUCAAGAUUAGAUGAAUUUAAUAAUAAAUUAGAUUAAUUUAGAAAUUAAUUGAGGAUAAAGUAAAUGGCAUUUUGA